CAAACACUGAUACAUACAGUCACACACACACACAGGACGGAGCGAGGUGCUGUCUCCAGUAGUCCACAGUGAUAUACACAACUCAUUACUGCGUCUCUGAAGACUACCAUUCACGGCUCAGAGUGACCAGAGGGCCCCCGUAGCCGUCACAAUGAGUGUGGAAACAACAAGUCCGGGAUGGUUCGACGCCUUCCGCUGGCGACCGUUCCCAACGCUGUAUACUGAGCUGAAGACACCAGUGACCGAAGAUAUCUUAUACGUGGGCUGGCUGGUGGCGUUCCUCAUAGUCUUCAUCCCUUUUGUUUUCUUCAUCAUCCCUACCAUCGGUGGGGGCAAGCAUAAAUUCUCUGUUUUCCUGCGUGUUACUCUAAGCCUGACACUGGGAUUGAUCAUCAUGGUGUGUAACUUCGGGCAGGAGUGGGAGGUUGGUCAUCUAGACACCCACACGCCCUACCGUGCUGGCACAGGACAAGAGAUCAGCGCUAGAGUGGGCGUCAAGCUGGGUCUCCGCUCUGUUAACAUCACUCUCAAAGCCUUGGAGGAGCCCCGUGGCGACCUGCAGGGUGAGGUAAUCAACUACAACGAGAGAUUCUCCUGGGAGUGGGGUCAGGGGCGCGCUGGCUUCGGUCCCUUCGCGGGAGAGAUUCAGCGAAGCUUCCGGGCGGCACAGUAUCGCGGAACACCGCUGCCAAUCUUGUGGGUGGCUGAGUACUUCACCUUCGACGGGGAAGGCAUCCGUUUCGGCCGAUAUUACCGCACCUCAGGAUGGUACUCCCACAUCUGUAUCUGGACGGCAUUUCCACUGUGGAUCCUGACAGUGAUUCUGUUCAAGUUGACGAUCUCCUACGCUGCCCAGAUGCUGGCCCUCACUGGCUCAAUGCUCACCUGCGCUGCUCUCAUCUGGGCAGGCAACAGAAACUUCAUCGAGCUGGAAGUGCCCUUCUCUCCACCGAAUGGGAUCCUCAGAACUGUAUACGGUGUCCACUGGUACCUCGCACUCUUUGUUGGGAUCCUUUGCAUGAUCUUGGGUGCUGUACUGUUCGUGCUGGACUACCGUUACCACAACGAGCUUAGUGAGUUCUUUGGUAACAAUCCACUGAUGAUCGUGGAGCAGGAAACUCUGGAGGAGAUGGAGGAACCAACAGCCAGCAACGAGAUGGAAAUGGAAAACAUGAAUCAAGCAGGUUUAUCAAAGGGUCGUGUGGUGACACUGCUUGCGAGGUCGAGGUACUACCAAGAAAUAUAACAAGAAGUGAACUAUCCCAGCUACAGCAACAAGGCCUUCUCUCCCAGCACACCUCUCCGU